AGAUUCCGGGAAAGUUGUAAUAUGGAACAUGGCUCCAGUCCUCAAGGAGGAGGAUGAAAAGAACGAGAAUGUACCCAAAAUGCUUUGUCAGAUGGACAAUCAUUUAGCCUGUGUGAAUUGUGUGAGGUGGUCAAACAAUGGCAUAUAUCUUGCCUCCGGAGGAGAUGAUAAGCUGAUCAUGAUCUGGAAGAGAGCAGCGUACAUUGGGCCCAGCACCGUCUUUGGUUCCAGUAGUAAGCUUGCAAACGUAGAGCAGUGGAGGUGUGUCUCGAUCCUGAGAAGCCACACAGGCGCUGGGUCCAUGAUGUCAGCUUCCCAGACCAAUCAGCUCAUAGCGUUAGAUUACAACGCGGCCAACUCCCUGGGCACCGUUAAGCCUGCCUUAGAGCCCAUGGCAGCGGCCGCUAAAUCGGCGGAAGACGUAGCCAACAAGGAUGGCCAGCUGUCCCGUGGCAAAAUUGGCCUUGUAGGCAGUAUUACGACUGUAAUGCCCAUCACGUUUCUGACGUGCCUGAAAAGGCCCUUGGUCGUCAUACAUGAGCUGUUUGACAAGUCCAUCAUGGAUAUCUCAUGGACGUUGAAUGGACUUGGCAUUUUAGUGUGCUCCAUGGACGGAUCUGUGGCAUUUCUGGAUUUUUCCCAAGAUGAGCUCGGAGACCCGCUGAGCGAGGAAGAGAAGGUUGGCUGUGAAAUCCUUGCCACUCUAAAAGGUCACUCCGGCCUUGUUAAGGGCCUCACCUGGGACCCUGUUGGGAAAUAUAUUGCCUCUCAAGCGGAUGAUCGAAGUUUGAAGGUCUGGCGCACCAUGGAUUGGCAGCUAGAAACCAGCAUUACCAAACCUUUCGAUGAACUGGGUUCUUUUCCUUCUUUCUUCUGCAGACUGAAGGAGCAGAAUUCUGUUCGGGAAAGUAAGCCCAGGGAUCUCCUAGAAAGUAGCAGUGAUAGCGAAGAAAAGCUGGCCAUCAAACCCUCGUCGCUCUCCAAGCGAAAGCUGGACCUGGACGUUGAGAAGAAGAAGAAAGGAAGACCUCGGAAAGACUCACGGCUCAUGCCUGUCACGUUAACCGUUCAGUCUCCAGCUAUAUUAGCAACUGAGAAGGAUGGUGCUUGCCACAGUACACCGUUAGCACUUAAACUGCCGACCCCAGUCCUACAGAAAUCGUUCGCCUUGCAGGUGAGCUCCGAUCCCUCCAUGUAUAUUGAAGUGGAAAACGAGAUCACGACCGUGGGAGGAGCCAAACUUAGCCGACUGAAGUGCAGCCGAGAAGGGAAAGAGUGGGAAACGGUGCUCACUAGCCGAAUUCUCUCUGCGGCCGGAAGCUGCGAAGUGGUGAGCGUGGCCUGUGAAAAGCGGACCCUCUCUGUGUUUUCGGCGUGUGGCCGUCGCCUCCUCCCUCCCAUCGUCCUCCAUUCCCCCAUCUCCACGUUGCACUGUACAGGGUUUUACGUCAUGGCUCUCACAACGGCGGCAACCCUCUCCGUCUGGAACGUGCGGAAGCAGUCGGUGGUGGUGAAAGACGAGUCCCUGCAAACCAUUUUAGCAG